GCUGGAAACAAGAGAGCCCCAAAAUCCAAGCCUCCAUCUUAAAAAAAUUCUUGUGGUGGGCAGACUGUCUGGGAGGCACCAGGCGAUUCUGCAGCUGGUGUGUAGCUUCCUCGAGCGAACCUUCAUGGCCACAUCCUCCUAUGCCCACAUGGCCACAGAGCUGGGCUACCUCUUCAUCCUGCAGGACCAAGUGAAGGAGGCAUCUCUGUGGUACUCGGAGGCCAUGAAACUGGACGAGAGCAGCAUGGCUGCCUUGACUGGGGUCAUCUGGUGCCAGAUCUUAGACGGCCACCUGGAAGAGGCUGAGCACCAGCUGGAAUUCCUGAAGGAGGUGCAGCAGUCCCUUGGGAAGUCCGAGGUGCUGGUUUUCCUCCAAGCCCUCCUGGCUUCCAAGAAGCACAAGGGGGAGCAGGAGGCCGCAGCACUGCUGAAGGAAGCGGCUGAACUGCACUUCUCCAGCAUGCAGGCCCUCCCCCUGAGCUCCGAGUACUUUGAAAGGCUUGACCCCCUCUUCCUGGUCUGCAUCGCCAAGGAGUACUUGGUCUUCUGCCCCAAGCAGCCCCGGUCGCCAGGCCAGAUUGUGUCUCCACUUCUUAAACAAGUCUCUGUGAUCUUGAAUCCUGUAGUCAAGGCAGCGCCAGCCCUGAUCGACCCGCUGUAUGUGAUGGCCCAGGUCAGAUAUCUCUCAGGAGAGUUAGAGAAUGCCCGGAGCACCCUGCAGCGUUGCCUGGAGCUGGACCCCACCUCCGUGGACGCCUACCUCCUCAUGUCUCAGAUCUACCUGGCUCAGGGCAACUUUGCCAUGUGCUCCCACUGCCUGGAACUGGGCGUCAGCUACAACUUCCAGGUCCGAGACCACCCCCUCUACCACUUCGUCAAGGCCAGGGCCCUCAACAAGUCUGGAGACUACCCAGAAGCCAUAAAGGCACUGAAGAUGAUCAUAAAAUUACCAAUUCUGAAGAUGGAAGAAAGCAAGAAGUUCCAUGGUCCCUCUGUGCAGCCCAGCGAGCGGGUAUCCAUCUUACUGGAAUUGGCAUAUGCCCUCCGGAUGAAUGGGGAGCUGCACGAGGCCACUAAGGUCCUGCAGGACACCAUCAACGAGUUCAGUGGCACACCGGAGGAGAUCCGCAUCACCAUCGCCAACGUGGAUUUGGCCCUGAGCAAGGGGAACGUGGACCUGGCACUGAGCAUUCUGAGGAACAUCACGCCCAAGCAGCCCUGCUACACGGAGGCCAAGGAGAAGAUGGCCAGCAUCUACCUGCAGACCCGCAAGGACGUCCACCUCUACAUCGGGUGCUACCGGGAGCUCUGUGAACAUCUGCCUGGCCCUCACACCAGCCUGCUACUGGGUGAUGCCUUCAUGAACAUUCAGGAGCCCGAGAAGGCCCUCGAGGUCUACGACGAGGCCUACAGAAAGAACCCACACGACGCAUCCCUGAUCAGCAGGAUUGGGCAAGCUUAUGUGAAGACCCACCAGUACACCAAGGCGAUUAAUUAUUAUGAGGCCGCCCAGAAGAUUAGCGGACAGGACUUUCUGUGCUGCGAUCUGGCUGAACUGCUCCUGAAGUUAAAGAAGUUCAACAAAGCAGAAAAAGUUUUGAAGCAGGCACUGGAUCAUGACCUUGUCAAAGACAUCCCAUCCAUGAUGAAUGAUGUCAAGUGCUUGCUUUUGCUGGCAAAGGUUUACAAGAGCCAUAAAAAAGAAGAUGUGAUGGACACUUUGAACAAGGCCAUGGACCUCCAGUCUCGGAUCCUGAAGCGUGUUCCCCUGGAGCAACCAGAAAUGAUCCCCUCCCAGAAGCAACUGGCAGCCUCCAUCUGCAUCCACUUUGGGGAGUACUACCUGGCAGAGAAGGAGUAUGCCAAGGCAGUGCAGUCUUACAAAGAUGCCCUCUCCUACUCACCCAUUGACAAUAAGGUGGUGCUGGAGCUGGCACGGCUCUACCUGCUGCAGGGCCACCUGGACUUGUGCGAGCGGCACUGUGCCACCCUCCUGCAGACUGAGAAGAACCAUGAGACAGCCUCCGUGAUGAUGGCUGACCUGAUGUUUAGAAAACAGAAAUAUGAAGCUGCCAUCAACCUCUACCACCAAGUCCUGGAGAAAGUGCCAGACAAUUUUCCUGUGUUGAACAAACUAAUCGAUCUGCUACGAAGAAGUGGCAAACUUGAGGACGCCCCUGCCUUCUUUGAAUUGGCCAAGAAGGUGUCCAGCCGGGUGCCUUUGGAGCCAGGGUUCAACUACUGCAGAGGCAUCUACUGCUGGCACAUAGGGCAACCCAACGAAGCCCUGAAGUUCCUAAACAAAGCGCGCAAGGACAGCACUUGGGGCCAGAGCGCCACCUACUACAUGGUGCAAAUCUGUCUGAACCCAGACAAUGAGAUCGUGGGUGGAGAGGCUUUCGAGAACCUGGUGACUGAGAGCAAGAAGGAGUUGGAGCAGCACGGCGUGCGCACUGCUGAGAAGCUGCUGCGGGAGUUCUACCCACACUCGGCCUGGGGCCAGACCCAGCUGCGGCUGCUGCAGAGCCUGUGCCUGCUGGCCACGAGGGAGAAGGCUAACGUGGAGGCAGCGCUGGGCACCUUCAUUGAGAUGGCCCAGGCCGAGAAGGACAGCAUUCCCGCCCUGCUGGCCGUGGCACAGGCCUACUCGCUGCUGAAGCAGGUCCCCAAAGCACGCACGCAGCUGAAGCGUCUGGCCAAGGCCCCAUGGACGCUGGCCGAGGCCGAGGACCUGGAGAAGAGCUGGCUCCUGCUGGCCGACAUCUACUGCCAGGGAGGCAAGUUCGACCUGGCCUCGGAGCUGCUGCGGCGCUGCAUGCAGUACAACAAGUCCUGCUGCAAGGCCUACGAGUACAUGGGCUUCAUCAUGGAGAGAGAACAGUCGUACAAGGACGCAGCCACCAACUAUGAGCUGGCCUGGAAGUACAGCCAUCAUGCCAACCCUGCCAGCGGCUUCAGACUCGCUUUCAACUACUUGAAGGACAAGAGAUUCGUGGAGGCCAUCGAAGUCUGCCACGAUGUCCUCAAGGAGCACCCCAACUACCCCAGAAUCAGAGAAGAAAUUUUGGAAAAAGCCCAAGGGUCUCUGAGGCCCUAGCUGUGGUCAGUGGGAGCCAGGGUGGGUGGAAACUAUCAACCUACAGAAGUUUCAUGGAGGGGGUGGGAAGUGGGUCAGUGGAGAAGAGAGUCAGAAAAUGACAUAUUCUUCCCAUUUCUAUAUUGUGUGUGGUUUAUUUGAAUCAUGCCUAACCUGGUCUAAGGGACAUCCCAAAGCUUUAUGUUUUUAAGGCACAAGAAGCAAUUUUGCUCUGGGAAAGAAAGCUAUCAACCAGCUGAGCUCACUGGGCAACUUCUCAUGGGCCCCGCUUUUAUCCCAGACUCUCAGAGGCCAAAGGGGAACAAAGAGGUGGUUUAAAAAAUACCCUACAGCUAUUUUAAUAUUUUUAUGUUGGCCCGUACAAGCCUCUCUUCUCCUGUCUGGUCCCCGGAAUUCUGGCUUAAAGAAGCAACUGCUCCUCUCUGUCAAGCUGCCCCCUGCGUCCUCCCUGGCAGGGGCCCAAACAGGCCCACCCUGUCCAUGCAUUCUGCCUCCCCCCUCCCCAAGUCUUCAGCCGGCGGCAUCUGCUGGUCCUUUACGAGUUUGGGACAAACCCUGAUUACUCUUGCCUCUGGCAGGAAAAUACAUCCCAAGAAAAACUAGCUCCUACUUCAUCUUUAGGAAAAGACAAUGACCAACUAAUUCAUCCUCGAGGAACCCUUGUAACACCUCAGGGGACAAAAGCAGGGGUCCCUGUGUAGAUGAA